UCAUUUUUUUCUUCAGCUACGCCGCAACUACAAACUAACUAACUACAGCCUUAAACUUGCAAGAUUCUUUGUUUAAUCGUGUGAUAAAAUUGCGAUGGAGUUUCCACCAUGUCCUCCUUCGCUGAAGUCCAUCCAGCAUUUUUUGAAGCUGGCCCAGGAGCACGACAGUCGCGACGUUGUGAUCGCCUACUGGGCAAGACUUUAUGCUCUGCAAGUGGGUUUAAAGGCCUCCACCCAAACCGGGGAGGAGACAAAGCUUCUGCUGGCAAUUAUGGAUUGGUUGGAGCUCAUGAAGAAGCAGCAUGCCGACAAUGAGGCUUUGACCCACGAAGUGCCCGCCCAGGCACACAUCGAAAACUAUGCUCUGAAAUUGUUUCUUUACGCCGAUAAGCAGGACCGCGAGGAGAACUUUGGCAAAAACGUAGUCAAGGCUUUCUACUCCAGCGGCGUGCUCUAUGAUAUACUGCAAACCUUUGGGGAACUGAGCGAGGAGGCUAUGCAAAACCGCAAGUACGCCAAAUGGAAGGCCGCCUACAUACACAACUGUCUGAAGAAUGGCGAGACUCCCAUACCCGGUCCUCUGCCCGAUGACGACGACGAAGCUGAGUUUGCUGAGGACAAUCUAUCCCCUGGCGGUAGUGGCGGUAAUGGCGGAGCCAGCAGCUCUGCAUUCACGCCACCCGAAAAUGAAGCCGCAGCCUCCCAGCCCGCACCGGUGCAGCCGCCAACUCCGUCUUCACCAACAACAAAUAUAACGCCUCCCACUGCCGAGGAGGUGCUUAAUAAUCCAAACAAAUUGCCCAGUCCCCCGGUCGAUGAGGAAAAGCCGGGUGGCUUUGAGCCAUAUGUGCCCACAGCGCAGCCAAAUCCGGCCAUCGCUGCCACCAUUUACCAGCCCAUCGUGCCGGCUGUUGGCGUACACAUCACUCCAGAUCAGAUGAUCACAGCGCAGAAGUAUUGCAAAUACGCGGGCAGCGCCCUCAACUACGAUGACGUGAAUACGGCCAUUGAGAACCUGCAGAAGGCAUUGAAGCUGCUUAGCACUGGCUCCGAGUAAGAGGCCACACAUAUUUAUGUAUGCAUAUAUAUGUAUAUGAAAUGCACUGAUGUUAUAGCUUAGAGCACGCACUCUUGACCAGUAUAAUACCCGUAUAAUAAUAACUAUAAAUAAUCUCCACUGAUAUUGCGAAUUGCUAAUUGCAAAUAAAUUUAAAACGACUGACGGUUGCUAAAGUUUAAAUUUUAAA